AUGAGCAGGUUUCAACCCGGGUCGGUGCCGUCCAAGGCUGUUGUGGACCCCACGCCUAUGCCUUCGGAUAUCCCCAAGGUCCAUGAAAUUGGAGCUACCAGUGGUCCUUUGAAAUCUGCUGCUUUCUUUAUUGGCGCUCAUUGUCGUGAAUAUAAUGAGGACUUUAUGCUCUGCAAGAACGAAAACCGGGACCCGGGCCAUUGUUUGAAGGAGGGACGACGCGUGACGCGGUGUGCGCAGGAUUUGCUCACGAAGAUGCAACAGAAUUGCAUGGAGACGUUCCAAGCUCACUUUGAGUGUUUGGAACGCAAUAACCAUGAAUACUACCUCUGCCGCAAGCCCGAGCGAAAACUCAACGCCUGCAUGUUCGAGAAACUGGGUCUCACGAAAACGAUCCCCGGAGGUGGGCCCCAAGGGCAGCAAGUGCACGAGAUCCGCAACCCAAUUUACAAGGCCAUGCAGAAAUGA